AUGGACGAAAAUUCUAAAAUUUCAGAAACAGCGCAAAGGAAAAUAUAUUUAACAUAUAUAGAUGGUACCGGCUUUGUUUUCAAUCGUAAGGAUUAUGUUACACUUCGAAGGAAAUAUCGUAUAAUCGGAGCGAGAAGAGAAGCUGGCUAUGCUCGUUUUACUAUUCCUGUGCGACUGACACCGCUAGAAACACGUUUGUUGGUAGAACGAGGUAUUGCUGUAUUGGUGUCCAAAAAAGAUAGAUUCUUGGGAGAAUUCUCAGUUGCUGAGCAAGAGAACGUUAAAGACCGUUUAACGCAGCACCUAAAAAAACGUAUUCGAGUUAAUAUCGCAGAAAAAACUGCAGAUAGAGAAUUAUCAGUUCCAAGAAAACAUCUGGGCAAAAGAAAACAUUUCUCAGCGACCAUAACAGCACCUUUACCUAGUAUUGAAGAAAUAAAUAAAAAGAUUACGGAAAAUGUGCAUAAUACGGAAAGAAGCUUUGUUUUAGAAGCUAGAAUUGUGAGUGUUAAAGAUAUCAACUCUUUUCAAUACCGAGUAUUUAGGGAUUUAUGGAUGCGUGGUUAUUAUAUAACUUGUGGCGAUGUAUAUGGAGGGGAUUUUGUUAUUUAUAAUGGAGAUCCCGAGCGAUAUCAUUCUUCUCAUAUCAUUAAUUUAAUAGCAGAUGGCAAAUUGCAUUAUUAUGAAAUGCGGACUAUGUCACGAAUGGCGACGGCUGUAAGAAAAAAUAGUGUAGUCGCUUAUUUAAUACAAGGAGAUGAAAACCAAGCCACUGAAUUGAAGUACUACACAUUUAAAUGGAACAGGCAGUUUUAUAAUUCACUUAAAGAAGAUAACAUUGAGUCGUCCACUGAAAAUGAAGUGUCCACUGAAAAUGAAUCGUCCACAGAAAAUUAA